AUGAUCGACUGCUCUGGAUACAAAUCACUUGGACAGAGGCAGUCGGAUUAUGCUGCCCAACAUAAGGGGAACGGUGUCAACAAUUGGCUGAAGGCCCUCAGCCACCCGGACACAAGGAGGAGGAACCAGGAGCUCGCUGCAGGGAACGCUGCUCUUAAGAAGCUGCAUCAUUUGAACGUAGUUAUUCUGAAGCAUGUGGUCGAGAAAGCUGCUCUCAAGAAACAGGCUGCAGUAAACGCUGCUAAAGCUGCAGUACAGGCUGCUCUGAAGAGGCAGCUGCUAGCUGAGAACGCAACACUGAAGAAGCACAAGGCCUCUAAUGACUUACAUCUGGAUCAGAUCAGAGGCGACUGUGUCAACAUGUUGACGUUUGUCAACUUAUCAAAAGCCAGAGAGAGAGACUUGAAGAAGGAGAUGGAAGCUAUGAAGACGAAGAUGAAUGAGAAGGUGCAGGAAAACAUCUCCCUGACCUCAGAGCUUCAUCUCCAUCACUUGGAGAGCCAGAAGGUCGACUGUGACUUGAAGGUGAAAUUUGCAGCUCUGAAGGACAAGCUGAAGACAAGUCUCCGCAACGAGGAGAAAAGCUUACAGGAGAAAAAGUAUCUGAUAAAAUGGCUCGCGAGGAGAAAGAAUUUGGAGAAGGAAAACCAGAGCCAGUUACUGCAGAUCCCUAAGCCUCAAAGAGAGAAGGAGGAGAAGAUAGAAACGGAGAAGCAGGAAAAGAAAAAGCAGCUGGAGAGAGAGAAGAAGGAGAAGGAGGAGAAGAUAGAAACGGAGAAGCAGGAAAAGGAAAAGCAAUUGGAGAGAGAGAAGAAGGAGAAGAAGGAGAGCGAAGAACGGAAGAAGAGGGAAAAGAAGGAGAAGGCCGAGCAACUGGAGAGAGAGAAGAAGGAGAAGAAGGAGAAGAUAGAAAUGGAGAAGCAGGAAAAGAAAAGGCAACUGGAGAGAGAGAAGAAGGAGGGGCCAAAGAGCGAAGAAGAGAAGAAGAGAGAAAAAAUGGAGAAGAAAGAGCAACUGGCGAGAGAGAAGAAGGAGAAGAAGGAGAAGAUAGAAAUGGAGAAGCAGGAAAAGAAAAAGCAACUCGAGAGAGAGAAGAAGGAGAAGAUGGAGAAGAUAGAAAUGAAGAAGCAGGAAAAGAAAAAGCAACUGGAGAGAGAGAAGAAGGAGAAGAUGGAGAGCGAAGAACUGAAGAAGAGAGAAAAGAAGGAGAAGAUAGAGCAAAUGGCGAGAGAGCGGAAGGAGAAGAAGGAGAAGACAGAAAUGGAGAAGGAGGAAAAGAAAAAGCAACUGGAGAGAGAGAAGAAGGAGAAGAUGGAGAGCGAAGAACUGAAGAAGAGAGAAAAGAAGGAGAAGAUAGAGCAAAUGGCGAGAGAGCGGAAGGAGAAGAUAGAGCAGCUGGAGAGAAAGGAGAAGAUAGAGCAGCUGGAGAGAGAGGAGAAGGAGGUUUAUGAGAGUCCCACCUUCACAAAAUAUUUGAACAAUGUGAAUGCCAUAAAGGCGAAGCAAGCGGAACUGGAAAGAGAGAAGAAGGAGAAGAAGGAGAAGAAAGACCUGGAGAAACAGGAAAAGAAAAAGCAGCUGGAGAGAGAGAAGAAGGAGAAGGACGAGAAGAUAGAAACGGAGAAGCAGGAAAAGAAAAAGCAGCUGGAGAGAGAGAAGAAGGAGAAGGAGGAGAAGAUAGAAACGGAGAAGCAGGAAAAGAAAAAGCAAUUGGAGAGAGAGAAGAAGGAGAAGAUGGAGAGCGAAGAACGGAAGAAGAGGGAAAAGAAGGAGAAGGCCGAGCAACUGGCGAGAGAGAAGAAGGAGAAGAAGGAGAAGAUAGAAAUGGAGAAGCAGGAAAAGAAAAGGCAACUGGAGAGAGAGAAGAAGGAGGGGCCAAAGAGCGAAGAAGAGAAGAAGAGAGAAAAAAUUGAGAAGAAAGAGCAACUGGCGAGAGAGCAGAAGGAGAAGAAGGAGAAGAUAGAAAUGGAGAAGCAGGAGAAGAAAAAGCAACUCGAGAGAGAGAAGAAGGAGAAGAUGGAGAAGAUAGAAAUGAAGAAGAGAGAAAAGAAGGAGAAGAUAGAGCAAAUGGCGAGAGAGCGGAAGGAGAAGAAGGAGAAGAUAGAAAUGGAGAAGGAGGAAAAGAAAAAGCAACUGGAGAGAGAGAAGAAGGAGAAGAUGGAGAGCGAAGAACUGAAGAAGAGAGAAAAGAAGGAGAAGAUAGAGCAGCUGGAGAGAGAGAAGAAGGAGAAGAUAGAGCAGCUGGAGAGAGAGGAGAAGGAGAAGAUAGAGCAGCUGGAGAGAGAGAAGAAGGAGAAGGAGGUGGAAAGUAGGAGGGGGAGAGAGUGGUACCCCUGUUUUGUCUUUGAAAUCUAGAGCUAGAUCUUUUGAUCUGGAUUGAGAAGCGUCGCAUCUGAGCGACAGAAAUCAGAAAAGUAGCGGGAGAGGUUUAUCUUUUUUUCUACAGUCUCUGUCGUGAUUUUCAGAUUCUGUCCUUUGACCAUCAAGUUAUGAUAAACAUACGAGAUCUGCCAAACUUUGUAGAAGUGAUAUUUAAAUGAGUUAUUCAAUCGAAAGUAAUAUCUCAUUAAGUUUUAUUGUAUUCUGAGUAAUCAAGGUUUUGAAAUUGUUUUAAAAUGAUCAUAAACUUAACCUUCUAAUGCUGAAA